AUGAAUAUUGAUCUUACAGAUUCAGGAUAUUAUCAAAAUAAUGCCAGUAGUGAUAAUGUAGAAAACAAAAAAAAUAAUAAUUGCAUUGAAUUAGUAAAAGAAAAAAUAUUUGUCUAUAAAUGCAAUAUAUGUCUACUAGUAUUCACAUGUGUUCAUAUUUUUGAGCGCCAUAUUAUAAAGGAGAAUCAUCGAGUUAAACAAUUAGACGUAUUAAAAAAAGAUAAAUAUUUUAAUUGUUUAAGAUGCAAAUAUAUUUGUCUUAGUAUUGUUAAAAUAAUAAAACAUAUAGAAUUAUAUAAUCAUGGACAAAACAUUUUAAAAAAAAUUAAAAAAAAAAUUCUAUAUACUGGAAAGGCUAUUUGUGAAUGCAAAAUAAAAUGCUAUUCCAUAUAUUCACAAAGUCAAGUUAAUCUAGAAAAUAAAGAAUCAAUUAAAAAUAAAAAAGAAAAUUAUCUUAAAGUGGGCAUAAAUGAUCAAGUAAAUAUAAAAAGGGGAAAUAAAACAAAUAAAGAAAUAGAAAAAAACAGAAAUGAUUCCUAUAUAUAUAAUAAAUUCGAAAGUAACAACCCAUUUAUUAGAUAUAUAGACCAAAAGGAAUACCACAAAAAUAGCGAAAAUAAUACUCAAAUUUAUGAUAAUUUAAGCUUUUUUUUUCAAAAAAAUAAUGCUACUAAUAACCCCAAAAUAAGAGAUGAUAUAUAUACUAAAUUUCUAAACAAAGACACACCUAUGCAUUCAUUUCCCCCAUUUUGUAAAAAUUUAUCACAAAAACACGAUACUAUUAAUAGUCGAAACUUUAAAAACAAUGCGAUGAAUCGUAUAAUAUAUGAUGAGGUAAGAAGAAUAAGUAGUGAUCCAUAUUGUAUUAAUAACAAAAAUUACAAUAUUUUUGAUGAAAAAAUUAUCGCGAAAGGUAAUAUUAUUACAAGGACUACAAGUAGUAGUAGUAGUAAUAGUGAAGAUACAACUGAUGAAGAAAAUAAUUUUAAUAAUAAUUGGCCAGAUUUACAAAAACCAGAAAAUCAACAAAAUAAAAAAUAUAUAUAUAAAAAUAGUAAUGAUAUUAAUCACAACUUACUAUUAGACAUAUAUUCAAAUAACUUCAAUUUUAGUGAAACAAAAAAUGUUAAAGAUUUUUCUUUAAAUAGUUUUAAUGAAAAAAAAGAAAGCGAAAUAUAUGACAUAUUUGAAAAUAAUAAUAUCCCAUUUAGAGGAGAACCAAACAUAAUUUAUGAUGAUAAUGCCAAAAUUACUAAGGACAAAUUCGACAAUUUUAGACAUAAAAAGAAUGCUGAUAACUAUCAAUGGGGUAUGUUUAAUUGGGACUUAUACCGAAGCUUAGAGAAAACAAAUUUUAAUGAACCUCAAAAAAUUGAAAAAACAAAUGAGCGGAAUAUUAGUGAUAAUAAAAACUAUAAUAAUAGACAUUAUAUUCCUUUUAAUUUCAAAAGGGGUGAAAAAGAAAAUAAAGUAUAUAGAAAUAUCAGUCCCCCAAAAUCAACAAAUGAAAAAAAACUUCUAUCAAUAUUUAUUCCUGAUUUAGUUAGCAAUAUACUUGGAAAAAAUGAUGAAGAAAAACAAAAUGAAACAAAUUCAUAUUUCUCAAAUAUUCCAAAAAAUGUAACAGAUUAUGAUAUAUUAAAUACACAACACCUAAAAAAUAAAAAAGUUUCUUUUACCAAACUAUCUGAUACUAAUAAUUCGGAUGUACACACACAAAAUAAUGAUUAUAAAAUUAAAAGUAAGAAUGAUAAUAUUUAUAAUGAAAAAAAUGAAAAGAUGAAUGAAAAUAUUACAAGUCAGACCAACAAAAUUAGAAAACAUUUAUCAGAAAAUUAUAUAUUCCAUGAAAAUUAUAACAAAAAAAAUAACGAACAUGAAAAUAAUCAUACAAUCUUUCCAAAUUUAAACAAUGAACAAUUUUCAAAGAUUCAAUAUUGUGACAUGGUAUUAACUGACAAUGAUAAUAUAAAUAAUAAAAGUAUAGUAAGAAACAAUGAUGAUGAUGAUGAAAAUAACAAAUAUGGAAAUACUUUUAUUUGCAACAAAAUUAAUAAAAUAUAUGAUAAUUUAUCAUGUUAUGAGACGUUUCAAAAUGAAUUACCAUUGAAUAUGGACUAUAUAAAUGAAAAUUUGAACUCCUUUCCCCAGUCCAAUCAAGCUAUCGAAACGGAAAAACAUAAGCACAUAAAUAUAAGAAAUAAACAAAAAAUAAAGGAUGACAUCGUUAUAGACGAAACUAAUUGUACAUUCUACAAGCGUAACGACAACAAUCCCAAUUUUAUGGAUAAUAUGAGAACAAAAAACAAUGAAUUAUUAAACAUUUUCCACAAUUUAAAUCUAAAAAAAAUAAAUGAUACAGAAUAUAGUUUAAAGAAUAAAACACAACGGUUUAGCACCUCUAAUAUGGAUGAUUUCGCUUUCUUAGAUUGUACAAAUAAGGAUGACCAAAAUAAAAUAAAUAAUAACACAUUUUGGGAGUUUAUAAACUACUACAAUAAUAAUAAUAAUAAUACUCAAGAUGGGCAAGAUAAUAAAAGGAACAUAAAUUUUAUUGAAAAAACUGAAGAUGAUAGUUGGGACACAUUUACAAAUAAUAGAAAUGACAACAGCGAAUUUUCGUAUAAUGAUGAUACAAUACCUGAUUGGAUAGCCAAAGAAGUAAAUAGUAAUAAUAGUGAUAUAACUUUUGACGAACAAUAUCAAUGGAAACAACAAAUAAAUUGUAAUAAUAUUUAUGCAAAGGAUGAAAAACAAUGUACACAUAUUUUCAAUCCUAAGAAUGGUGAAGAAAUUUUAUGGGAUAGUAUUGAUAAACAAAUAAAUCAUCAUAUUGACUAUGGAAACUGGAAUAGUAGCAACGAGAAAGAUAAAUUCGGAAUGAAAAAUAAAAAAGGUUGA